CAAGUCCGCCCUAGGACCACUGGCCAGCACGGCUGUAAGCCCCGUCGUGGGAGCCCGUCCAAGCCGUCGUCAUGCCAGACAUACUUGGUGUUCAAGCGUUUAGCAAUGGCACAUCCGUCCGUACAUGGUGGGAAUGGACGCUUGUUGCCAUUAUCGGUGCUAGCGGUUUUGUCGGUCUCAUCGCUUUCAUCUGGUCGACUUACCGUUCCAUCCAAAAGCUGCUAAAGAGCGAUGAUGAUGCGAGUAGCUUACCACGGUCUAUACAAGAGCGCAUCCAUGCCCUCUCUAACAACUCGAACAUUGUUAGCAAAGCGCAAAAACUUGGGAAACCAUCGUCCUUUGGUGUCUUCCUUGGCGCAUUGAGCAGUCCCGUCACCCACGAGGAAGUAACCGUCUUGUCGCAAUGGGAAGCAGUAGUGUUAGACCAUCACCAAAACGGGGUCCUAGAGGCUGUCAGCAACGAUGAUAUUCCCAUGGGACCUCAUAUCAUUGCCCGCCUUGAUCUAGGCCAAAUUCUCACCUCUGCCAUAGUGGACACUGAGUCGGACAUGUCGCAAGUAGUGCACGAUCUCUCUUGUACUCUCCAGCAGACUUUGCGACAGCCAGGCAAGAGCAGAUACUUCACUGGUGUUCUUAUUGCCAAUUGGCGAGACCGCAUUCCCAUCCCCUUGCUCAAUGGUCUGACAUCGCUUUUCACUGCACAUGGCCUGGAUACGUAUCUGGAAAUUGGAGCUCCUGACUUCUUGGACGGCAUCAGAAAGCUCGACCUCAACCUCUUCGCCGGCAUGGUUGUUCGAAACGGUACCAUCAAAUCCAACGGAGAGCGCCGCGAUUUCUUUGACAUGGACAAAAUGAAGAAUACAACAAAGUCUUUCGUUUCACAGGCUUGCCAACGUCCUUUUGUGACCAUGAUGUGGGACACGGUGGAGGAUGACGCCAAACUAUCGCAUGCUGUUUUGAGGAGAGCACACAUGUGGUGCAGCUACCACGGCGCUAUUCCCUACUUCCCACGUCAGCGGGCCCUGACAAGCAUCCACGACAUCAGCUCUUGUGAAGAGCCCUUGGCAGCUUUUCAGUGGUUGAAGAAUCGCAAGGUCAUGGAUGUUCACGAGAAGUACCGAACCGCUCGUACGCUUUCGCCUGGAUUUACCAGUCUCAUAGACGACUACUUGCCGCUGCAAGACAUCUUUCCUCUCCUGGCCAACACGCUCGCCGGGCUGGACGGAGAUGCACCUGAGGAUGACGAUUCGUCUAGUACAUUGACGCUCACUGUAGAAUACCCCGAGGUUGAUGAGAAUGGAGUGCUUGUUGCUCGAGAACCCUUGUCACCCACCAGUCCGGGGCUUGAUUGGACCUUGGCCGUGGAAAGGCAAGCAAACAACCCACUUUCUUGUUCGUUCGACGGAUCGCCGUAUUCAUCGCUAGGAUGCUUUCCGGUUGGCCUUGACGCUUCCAAAGCAGAUUUCGAUCGUGUCAUCAACUCACAACGACGUCUGCGAGACCUCAAAUUACUCAACCGUCUUCCGUCGCAGCAGUUUCGUUCCAUUGCCAACAUACUUGGUGACUUUGCGUCGUGCAGCAGCCACUACCUGGACCUCGUGCCUAGUGUGAGGGAAGCGAUUGCAGGUCUUGUGGAGUCAUUGAAUCAAGUAACCGACGAUGGAGCUGACCCCUACCAAUUUCAAGUAUAUACUGCACUCGAUUCUGGUUUCCAUACACCCAACGGCGCUUCAUUCUGGGGUGUUUGGGAAGUGCAGCCUCGCACCAAAGCCGUCAUCAUCUACAUCUCCAAAUCGGUGCAAGACGUCAAAGGAGUUCUUCUUCAUACUUAUCUGAGCAUGCUGGGCUUUUCCAGAUACCAGUGUUUUCUUGCUGAGUACGGUCUGACCGAGUUUGAAGCCGGAUCUUUUUCACCAGAACGGCUACCAGAGAGGCUGUACCAAGACUUGGACCUUCUGUCAUCCUCGGAUCUUCUCUUUUAUGUGCAGCACAUUCAACACUCAGAGUGGGACGAGGAUUGCUCGUUGCUCUCGGCUAUUCGUGAGCGAUGCAAAGAGUUGCUCAUCGACGUACCCACGUACCAUCAGUUCAAGAAGCUGAGCAACGUGGAUUACAUUGGCGACAACAUUACAGACGAACAGCUAGUGAACGCGAAACUGAAAUGGUACCGGCUCUCGCGCGUGCCGACUCUUGAUGGCGCGGAUGCUUUGCAGUUGUUCAGACACAUCAGCGAAGUGUUUGGCGAUAUCCUGUGGUGGCGAGACCAUGGAAAACUGGACAUCAUCACUUCUGCCAUAACCGACAUGGCCAGUCGGGGGAGUCUUGAUUCAGCGGCCGACUUUGUUCUUUUCUGCAUCUUCUGUGCAGCCAGAAAAGCUGGGUUCGAAGAAGUCUACAUUGAGGUAUCGGACAGAAACCCACUCUUCAAUCAAUAUUCUGAUCAGAGUGCGGCUUUUGCAGAGCUCUUUGCUCUCGGAUCCCGAUGCGAGGCCUACUUCGACAUCAAGCCAAGCGACAUGGGCAUUUUGCUGUCAGAAAAGCACAGGGCUUACUACAACCAAGAAGAACACCAGCCUCCGAUGUGGAUCUUCAAUGCCCCUUCAUUCGCCUCUGCUUAUGCUGCAGCCCAGACAGAUAUCGAUCCUGAGCAGAAGCCCUCUGUCAUGCCCGCCUAUCGUCGCUUCACCUUCCUCAGUGUCUUCGCCAUUCCCGCCCUUGUCGAUAUUUUGCUUCUCUCAACCACUGGCCACGGACUCUACUUGAGCGUGCAAAUGACCCCAGAUGAAAGAUACUAUGCUACGAUGGCGUUGAUGUGUUCGCUACUUUUGUCUGGCGCGAUUGGAACCUGGAUCUCAAUUGGCGGCACCUACUACCUCAUUUCCAUGGCAUUCUCGGCGGCAAACAUGUUCGUUCUCACUCGCUUGGUCGGUGGCUUGGCCUUCACUCUCGCCGGGUGCAUGCUCGGGUUCAUUGUCAUCUCUGCUGUCUCUGGACCUGGCCAUGGCGCCGUCUUCUUUUUCUACCUCUUUGGAUUAACCACCUACCUGACCGUUUUGGCCGUGUUGUCUACGUACCAAAUUCCAGGAUCCAGUUUCCUCAAUGGGCGCAAAGUCAUCAUCAUGGUCAUUCCGACGUUGAUCAUCUCGCCUAUUGUUACCAUCUUCAUGGGAGUUAAGGCUCGUGACAUAUACGUCUAUCUGGGCGUUCUCUAUGUCUUCAUCAUCUUGUUGAUCCUUGGUACCAGACGCGUGGCUAACCAAUGGGUGACUUGGUAUCAUGGAAUCAAGACACUCAAUGAUUCUGACAUCAAGGACUGGUACAUCAAAUUGUGCACGGAAAAGGAGAGUGCAAAAGCAAAAGGCCGAAGCAAGACCACAGCCGGCAAUGGUGAAGCCAUUUUGCCUUCCUCAGAAGUAUCUUUCGUCGAGCCAGACAUUUUCCACGACAUGAGCGAACCGGCCAUUCUGGCAUUAUGCCGUACUGCCCUCCACGAAGCCGUACUAAAAGAAAGGGAACGUCGUUUCUGGCAGAAAUCCACUCAGGAUGCCUUCGUGAAGAAACUAUCAGACUGUUGGGACUCCACACUCUUUCUAUUGGAUUGGUACGCUCGCAUAACAGACACAAAGCGACCCAUUUCAUACAGUUCGACUUGGAACCUUGAAACGCAGGUGGCACUUGAGAGCAUGCAACAGUCACAAAAGGGCAUUCGUCUCCACAAUUCUUUCAUUCAUUGGCGAACAGCUGGUGACGAAAUCUACUGUGGCAUCCUCUACUUCUUGGUCGCACUCAUGGAUCGAUGGCUGGAUCUGUUGCAUGGAGGUCAGCUGGUCGGUUUAGGGUCUGAAAUGAACACAGCGCUUCGCUUAUCAGUCGGCUUUGGUCUUGCAUACUACCUCAUUGGAGCUGUAUUGCUCGACUACAAGGCUCAGCAUCUGCAUACUCUUUCAGAGCAGAUGGCGCCUGUUUCGAUCGAAAACGCACAUCAGAUCAAGCAGGCCAAAGCCAACGACCUGAAAUUCAGGCGCCACCUGUAUUUCAACACUCUGUGUCGCUUCAUUGGUGUUCAUAUGUGGGCGCUGGCUAUCUGCACAGCCCUCAUCUGGAUCUUCAAUGGCUCAUCCACCGGGUUGAUCAUGUUUUUGGCUUACGUCGGCGCCUACACCGGGUUGUUACUGUACCAGUACAACAAGAUCUUUUCUGGUCCACAUGCACUGAUGCCAUUGCUAGCAGCCGUAUCUGUCGGCUUGAUAGUCGGCAACAUACUCAUGGCAAUAUUCCCAGACUUUUUAUACGACAGGACUAUUGCCCUUGGUGCGUCGACUUGGACUGCUGCUUUGUUCUCAUUCCGAACUGCCAAAUUGGGUAUGCCAGAAGCUCUAGACAUUCGCUUGUGGAUAGCGGAAUCGCUUUCGGCACUCUUCAGUUCCCAUAAGCCAGAUGGUAGCACGGAUGCACAUCCCGAUGGUGGCAUACAGGCAUCAAGGAAUGAAAAGUUCCUUGCCUACAACAGCGGUCAUGACGACGCCGAGUAUAGCCAGAGCGAGCUGCGCGCAUACUGCAACAUGAUUCGAGCCGCCCCUAAAGAGAACAGAUACCGCGUCAACCCAACUGGCCAACCCGGCGACCAAAUCAGAGCUUUGUUGUUGUCAUGCCAUAGCGACAGCCUCUCAAGGAUUGCUAUGCAGGCAUUUCCAACCAUUGAAUCAACAAUUCAGCGCGUUAUCUCGGCUUGGGAAAAUGGACGUGUCACAGUCUUCAUUGUUCCUCUUCAGACUGUGGUCAACCUCAAUGGCGAACUUCGCGCGAUUUCUCACUUUUCUGAAGGUCAUUUGACUUUGUACAUGGCUUCGGACGCGAAGUCCCCCGGCUUUGGGCAGACCAAUGUCAGCAGCAACUGUACGGCCAUUGCCGAAACUUUGCUGCAUGCGUGUAUGGAAGCGUUAUUCGAAACUCCACACGACCAAGCUGAGAUUGCGGAAUCCAUUCUUGCCUGCCGCAAAAAGGAAGAUGAGCCAUAUACCAUAUCGGAAUGCAGUAGACGCUCAAUGCCGGCAUUGGUCAUGGGACCAGAUGCAUUGGCAUUUGGAAAGGCCUGUCGCAAGGACCUAUUGCGGCACUUGUGCCUUGGCUAUGACUGCGACACUCAGUGGGAUGACCUGCCAUUGGACAUACGACGCCUUUUCCUUCGACGUUGUGUCGGUAUUCGGGCACCUUACACAAACAAAGAGUUAUCCUGGAUUCAUGAAAAUGUUGCCGCGGAACAAUCAUGUACGAUUCUUUCACGCAUUGCACGAUACGAUCUUGGGGCGUACUUGGCAGUAAACAAGUACAGCUUCUUCAGGAACCGAGGCGACCAAUCAAUCUCCAAAAAAGAAUAUCGCCAAGUGACGGCAGACAUUCAAAGAGCGUACUAUCCAGUGCUCAACCGUUCAGCCGUUUCGAUUUGGAGCUUGUUCACCGAAUACGUUCGCCUUCCGAUUGCCUAUGUGUAUCAUUCCGCCGGCACCUGGGUGAAGUUCUUUGUUCUGGCGUGCAUGGCCGAUCCAGAGUAUCAGCGUGAGUUGCACGGAGCACUGUUGUACACACCAAGUAUUAUAUCGCGACCGACUACCUUCAUCCUUACGGGCCUGUGGAUAUACAGUCGACGUGCAAUGUCCAUAGCUCUACCAUUCUUCUUGUAUCAUCGCCGCAAAGACAUUGCCGGUCUGGCAGGAACCGUCAAGGGAAGCUUGAUCAUCCAGAGAAAGAACCGCUUGGUCAUUGAAAGCGGCGGAGAAACUGAAACUGCAUUCGUUCACCCUGAAACGAACGGUGGAGUCAAGUUGAUGUUUUACAAAGGCGAUCUGAAGAAUGAACCGUCCUCGGGUCACGUCCGCAUUGCCCAGUAUGACCAGGAGAUGCGCAUCACCCUGCGACAAGAGUGGAAAAACGGUGCAGUUUCCGAUGAAUUUGCCUACGAAUAUACAACCAAGCAAGGGCAAGGCAAGAUUAGGAUCUCCAAGGUAAGGUCAAGCAAGAUACCACUUACCCGGAUCUGCCGCAAGGGUGCAAACGAAGGAUCCAAGGUCCUGUACAAUCACAAGGGUCACAUCGAAUCGGGCAGCUACAUCAGCCACCACAACCUGGUACGAUUCAAAUACCAUUACCGAAAAAACGCCAAGUAUGAUGACGAGUUGCUUCGCGCCGAGUUUGUACUUCCACACAUGUCGGCCAAUGUCAGCUGGUGCGCGCCUCCCGUUCGCCAUGCCGAGAAAAUGGAGCGCUGGAUACCGACUCCUCGUGUUCAUGAAGCGACCUUCGUCCAAGGCCCUGACGUUUACGAAUGCACAUGGUUCUAUGAUCACAAGUUCCACCCAACGAUUACCACCAAGCUCAACGGCAUCCUAGUCGAGACACCGGACAUGAUCCGUCACGAUUGGCUUGGUGUUCUCAAGAAGCCUACCCGCUGCAAUUUCGCUGAUGAAAACCCUCUUCUGGCAUUCAAAACGCCAACCUCUAACUUCGUCGGGCGGUUAUUCCGGAGAAACAUCAGGCAGCAAGAAAUCUCUACCUCCAGAGCCCGGUCUCUGCUCUGGAAGGCUUGGAAGAAACGUAAUGACCUUGACGGCGUAGUCAUUCGCUGGGUUGACGAAGAGCUGAUUCGCAAGGAAACAUUGCUAAGACCUUACUGGAGACGCCGCGACCGCGGAAGUCUCAUCAAGGCAGAAGACUAUCUGGCACUACAUGCAGACGCCAUCAUGGCCAGCGCGGAUCUUACGAGUGACAUCAGCGCGUGGACUCCUCUUGCCAUUCGUAUGAGCGAUUUGUUCAGCUUUGGUCAAGGUGGAGAUGCCGUCAUUUUCACUAGGACCAAGGCACUCCAGCAAGAUACUGAUCGCACACUCCACGUCAUUGCCGUCGAUACUGGAACCUGGCCAAACGAAGGUGGCGGUGUUUCAGCCUGCCGACGAGAUCUGAUUAACAACUUGCGCACCAUCAAAUGGCACAUGGUCGUCGAAUCAGCCAAUGAUUUUGGAUUGCCCAAACACCAGACCGAAGAGAACGUCGAAUCGCUAAAAAUCAUCCCGCUUUGGGGCUUGGACUUUAUGCACCCUAACCAUGGCAUGUUCACCAACAAGCUCGAUAGCGAGGUUGAUCACCUGGUUAAAGCAGCGACUCUGGCUGAUAUCGAAACUAACUUUAUCCCUACAUUGACUGCGCUUGUACGUGGAGCACGAGCCACUACCAUGACAUUGGCAGAUGUCAAGCAAGCUACACGUGCUCUGGUCAAUCUCAACACUUACUUUCAGGAUUCGCGUCACUGGAAGGAAGUUUGGACAAGCGACAUUGUCAAAGAUUCAUGGAGGAAGCUGUGGCUGGCGGACGACAUGCCAAACGCCCAACCGGCUAAAGAGUGGUUCCGCACUGAGUUGCCAACGCUCGGACACUUCGACACUGCAUUGGAGCUAUGGUUCAGAUAUCUCUUCAUUUUCUCGAUUCCGAUCCCCGACAAGAUCCCGCAUGUGUUUCAAGCCUCGCACCACAGCGUUUCGGCAUCCUAUGGUAUUGUCUGCAAGCUGAAGCGCAACUGUACGCUUCAGAUUUGGGACCACGCAAUCUCUUGGCGUGAGACCAACCUCUACCUGUCAUCGGCAAUGUGCACUCUGCCACCUUUCAUCCGAAAUUCGUUGCUGGGUCUGAUGAAGCUGACAUCAUGUCUCAUUCUUCAUCAUGCCGAUCAAAUUCUUCCUUGCGCAGACUUCUUCAACCCAGGGUGGGAGAUUGAAAUCGGAAGUGCCAAAGGUCAACUUACGCACCGCAACGUGUUUCGUCGCAAGGUCGACCCUAUCGUCAACGGAAUCACUGACAUGACGAAAUUCGCUCCAGUCACGGAAAUCAAAACCAAGAUGCCCACCGUGACGAUGCUUUCGCACGUCUGGUUUGCAAAGGACAUCAAGACAGCUCUGUUGGCAGCGGAUAUCAUUACCAACGAAUGGGGCUUCAAGGACUACAAACUCGACAUUUAUGGUGCUCUCAACAAAUCUCCGGUCUAUUCAUCUGAAUGUCAGGAGAUUCUUGCCUGCAAGGGCCUUGGACAGAACGUUACCAUGCGCGGCACUGCAGACCCAGCAAUGGUCCUGGCAAAUACCUGGUUAUUCCUCAACUCGUCUGUCUCGGAAGGUCUACCACUUGCUCUCGGAGAGGCUGCUCUAACCGGAGCACCUGUCGUAUGCACUGAUGUGGGUGCGUCUCUACGCGUUCUUACGGAUCCCGAUACCGGAAAACGAUACAGUGAAGUUGUUGCACCAAACGAUGCAUACGGCUUGGCCCGUGCCCAGAUCAAUCUACUCGCUAUGCUAGACGAAUGGGCACAGUAUGCUGAGGAUGGACCUGGAGUUUCGGCUCCAGUGCUGCCUCACAAGCCUACACCCAAAGAUGUCGAAAUCAUCACCCGUCGCAUGUACGAAAAGUCUGAGCAUCGACGCAAAUUGGGUAUGAUGGCGCGCGAUAUUGUCCAAAAGUCAUUUGGUGGCGAGCGUUAUCUACGAGAGCACGAGCAAAUGCUCUGGGUCGGAAAAUCGUUCUACGAAAUGCUAGAUCUGGAGAAACACACGCCACCACCCAGAAACCCAGCACGCAUGAUGUCGCUUCGCCGAACCAUGUCAAAACGACAUGUUGCCGAUACUGCCAUGGAUGAUGAGGUUGACCCUCAGAUGGAAAAGAUGUUGCACCCACCACGUCCUCAUGCCUUCAACCGCGCAUCCGCUGCUACAUCCUUCUCUUCGGUAUACAUUGAUGACUCGCCUGGCCCAUCUACCCGAACUUCGCGUCAGGUCUGGGAGCAUGAACAAUGGGACUUGCAACUAGAUUCGGCCGACUCCUCAAUCCACUACGCCAACUCCGACAGCGAUGAAUGGGCACUACCAAAAAUAACUCGUCCUACAAAAACUUACUCUGGAAUUUAUCUGCCGUCAAACUCUCCGCCUUCUCCCCCUCCUACAUCAGCGGCGAGAGGCAAACUUCCGGCACAACCCCAAUACGGCGGUCCUCAGAACAACCGCAUGUCCAACCCAUUCUCAGAUAAUGGCAGGUUGGACCCAAGAAAAGAUGUGCUCUUUAGACAAAGCUUCACCACCCCCAACAGUGCAAGGAGCAGUCUUCGAGCGAAGAGCCAUUUGAACGAGGUGGAGAUUGCUGACUACGAGAAUGAUGGCAGGCGGAUGUGAAGAAGCAAUCCUUUGUUUUUAAUAUCCCAUUUGAGCGAGCAUAGCGUGUUUCUCAUGGCAUCUCAUUAUGAUUGUCUGUUUAGUUAAAAGCGUAGAUAGCGUGCACUGCACCGGUUCUUUUCCAUAGACUAGUACUUUACAAAUGUCUUCAAAUAUCUUCUAAUAAUUCGCCAGACUCGCUUCUACUCUUUCUUCACGUUUUCAUCCUUGGUGUCGCUCUUCUUCUUCUCCUCUUCCUUGUCACCAGAUCCGCUGCCACUUCCUUUGUACUGACUCCCUUCUUUUCCUGGCUGGAAAAUCGUGUUACAGGAAGCGCAAUGCGCCCAGGCGCCGUCUUUAGUCAAAUCAGCCGACGCUUCGCAUUCAGGACACUUGAGCAUGUCGGAGUGUUUGUAGAUUUUCGCAAGACAGAGGAUGGUGGGAGAGUGAUU